UCCCAUUUCGGUGCAGGACUUGAACGGGACUCUCACUGUUUGUCUGAGCGCAGACACCCGCGGUGAAGUUUGCUCAAACUAAAAGGGGGAUAUAGAUCUUUUCACGUAUGCCUUUGACACAUAACACUUUUAUUAGCCGGCCCCCGCCUCUGUCGUCGCCCUCCUCCGCUUGCGUUCAGUUCAAUCUCACCUGUUGACGCCGCCAGCAGCUCAACACCGCUUGUCACUUUUUCCUGGGAGUGAUUGAAUCAAACCAGGUGAAGAUUAAAGAAAGACAAAAAACUGAGGUAACGUGGCUUUCAGCGCCACAGCAAACGGUCGGUGAGCUCGAGGUAACUGAACACCAGCCUGACUUGAGUGUCUGAAAGUGAAAGCGCUUUAACAGUUUGCUGAAGUGACGUUUCGCUACAGUUUUUUUCCGCGUUUCCUCUCUGAUUUCGUAAAGGCUUUGCCACUAUGUUAUGAAUUGGAGGACCCACCACUCUCGUCGUUUAGGUUGGACCACGUUUCCCAGAAAUGCCCCAACAUAACAUGGAGAGCCCCAGGAGCCCAUGGCAGCAGGGGCUGCGGCCGCCGUGGAUCACCAGAUUGACUGGAGGCCAGAGCCCCACCUCCUCGGGGGCGGAGUCGGAUACAGAGAGCAGCAGCACGGAGAGUGAGAGGUCCUGCAUUAAAAUGCUGGAGAUGGGCUCACUGAGGGUUGUGUCGUCACCUUCCAUGCUCCGACAGCGAAUCACAGAGAUCGACCAACAGAAGGAGGAACUGAAGAUUGAACUGCAGCUGGAGAUCGCCCUGCUGCAGGGAGAGCUGCAGACGGAGAAGAGCCAGCUGCACAGACACACACAGAAGCUGCAGGCUCUACAGCAGGAGGCCAGACAGAAGAAGAAGCACAGACACACCGACAGACAAAAGGAGCGAGAGAGUCUGGAGGAGGAAAGACGCAGGGUGGAGGAACUGAAGGGGAGGUGUGAGGCGAAGGAGAAGCUGAUCCCCAGUCAGCCAGAGAGCCAGAGAGAACAGCUAACACUGCAGCUGCAGCAGGAGAAAGAAAUGAUGGAAGCAGCAGUUCGGGCCUUUGAGGACUGGGAGUUUCGGGUUCUGGAGCGAGAGAGCGGCAUUGACGAGGAGGACGAGAGCGCAGCGGAAGAAGAGAAGGAGGGAGAGAGUGCAGGACACAUGGAGAAGGAAAUUUCGCAUCAGCAGCAUGGGAUCAACAUUGCGCAGGAUCGAGUCCAGCAGUUGGAGAGACAGCUGAGGGAGAUGGAGAGGGAGAAGGAGAGGGAGCUGAACGCCUUGAGGAAAGAGAGGAGAGACCUGGUCCUCACAAGUCAAACUGUUCUCAAAGAGAAGAAGCCGCUCAACGAUUGGUCGAAUAUCACCGGCUCGGCCCCCUGCAUGAUGUCACUCUCCCCUCCCCUUCACAAGCCUCCUCAGGACCCAUGCAAAGAAUCUACCAGUUUGCCCAGAAGACGGAGCUCACAUCGCAGUCGAGUCAAUGACAGGCCGCUGUCAGCACAGGUGUUGGUGAGGACGCUUCCAGACAGCCAGAGCCCAGAGGCUUUCACUUCCCCCCUCCCCUCCCAUAGGCUCAGCAACGGGCACAGAAAUGGGACCAGCAAUGGCGGUGGGCUGCUCACUCCAUGCAACAGUGCAACAAGUUCCCGCGCUGCCAGCCCGUCUCUGUUGGAUCUCGUGGAGAUCGAGAAGAAACUGAGGGAAGCCAAGGCAGAGAGAGAGAGGCUGCUCAGAGAAAGGGAAGAGCGACAGCAGUUGUUGUUGGAGGAGAGAAGGCAGAAAGAGCUAAACUCUCCCAAAACAGAACCUCCGGAGCCAGAGACCCCACAAAGGCCAGAGGCAGAACAAAAUGAGCAACCAAACACCAGCUCUCCUCCAAACACCCCAGAGAAGGCCCUCCAGCAGCGCAGCCUGCCCCUCUUCCUCUCUCCCAACUUUGACCUCCGAGCCCACGUGGAGUCCCUGGGUCACGGAGUGACCAGCUGCACGGACCUGCGCCUGACGCCUCGACGCUGCGCAGGCUUCCUGACCAAACGAGGGGGGAGGGUCAAAACCUGGAAGAAGAGAUGGUUCCUGUUUGACAUGGACCACAGACGACUAGCCUACUAUACAGACUGUGAUGAGAGGAAGCUAAAGGGAGUCAUUUACUUCCAGGCCAUAGAAGAAGUUUACCUUGACCAUCUACGAACAGCUACUUCUUCUCCGCGGCCCAGUCUGACGUUCUGCGUGAAGACGUACGACCGUCUCUUCUUUCUGGUGGCUACCAAUCCAGUGUCAAUGCGGAUUUGGAUGGAUGUCAUCGUCACGGCGACAGACGAGCACAGCCGUUACUGACCUCUUGCAUACGUGACUGUGCAACCCUUGAGUAAAGCUCCUGAGCGGACAACGCAGUGAGUCAUUUCCCCCUGUCUAUUGGGCUGGUUUGGCUGAGAUCCACCUCAGGGGCUGAUUCUGUACCUGGACUCAUGAAUCUGUGGACAAAGUGCGUGAGAUGCAGAGGUGCAGUGGCUCCAGGCGCUCAAACACAGCGGAGGAGACUGUUACGUGAUGCUUGAGUGGCGGAGGUUCAUCGCUGAACCAGCUGCAAACCACGAGCAGCCUAACACAGCAGUCUGUUACUGGGAGGUUUCACUCUUUGAGCCUGACCUCCCCCAGCUGGUCACAGUGCAGCAUUACAGGACUGGUACUACACCACAACACACUACAAACAGGGGGUGGACACACUAAUAGCAACACCUGCACAAUAUAAUGCAAUCCAAAAUAGCAACCCAGCAAUACAUAUAACCUGUAUACCUUACUGACUGUUCAUGAUUUGGGCUGUGAUCAUUUUUUUUUGUAUUUUGUGUUGGAUUGUUUUAUAUUUGUUUUAGGUGUUUCCACUAAUUUGUCCAUCUUCUGUAUCUUUGUUUUGAUAAAUUACAUUUUCAUGAAUUAAGUUAUUAUUUGAAAAUGUAUAUGGGUUUGAUAUGCAAACGAAUGAAUGCACUAUUAAAUGUUUAUUCAUAAAAA